AUGGAUCGACUUGAGGAGUGGAGCUUUAAGGCUAAGAAGAUGGAGCUGGAGGAGGAGGAGGACUUCUACUUUGACUACGGAGCAGAGGAAAUAACAGAUUAUCAGGAGCCCAGUGAACUCCUGGUGGCUCUGAAACAAAAGGAGGAAGAAGUUAUUUUGGCAGCGGAGCUGGGAAACGCUCUGCUUCUGGAAAACCAGCAGCUAAAAGAGCAGAGCGAUAAGAUCCACGAGCAGUACGUUGACAAGCUGGAGGAGCUGGAGCAGGGUAGGCAUGAGCUGCGACUGAAGCUGGAGGGCUGCCAGUCCCAGUGGGAGAGUCAGGUGGGAGACCUGGAGAGGGAUGUGAGGGAGCUGGGCGCCCAGGUGGAGCGGCUCACCCAGGCACUGAGCGAAGCAGAGAGGGACAAGAGUCGAGCCCAGCUGGAGCAGGGCGAGUACGCUCAGAGACUGAGGGAGGAGCUGAACACGGCAAUGGAGGUGGAGAAGGCCAUGUCCACUGAACUGCAAGCUCUGAAACAGGAGCUCCAACAGAAGGGAAACCAGAGCAGGCCUCAGGACGAGGAACUGAUCAGUGCCAUGAAGGAGCAGGUGCUGCGUCUGACCCAAAAAGAGCAGAUGUUGGAGGAGCGUUUGAAGAGUGUGUGUCAAGAGAACACUGAGCUGAGGGCCAGUUUGGCUUCUUUGAACACUCGUCUGGCUCUGCAGGAACAACUCAACCAGGAGCAGAGUCAGCAGCUAACACAGGCGUGGCAGGAGGUGGAGAUGACACGCAGUCGCUCACAGCAGCUGCAGGUUCAGGUGGAGGAGCUCCAGGAGGAGGUGUCGCUUCAGGAAGCCAGGAGCCAAGGAGACGCCUCUCUGUUGUCUGAGCUGGAGAGCAGUCUGGAGACCGCAGGACUGGGAGUCGACAAAGACCAGAUAACACAAGAAAUUCAGUCCAUCCUUCAGCUGCUGCUGCCACUGACUCUGAACCCAAUCAGUUCAGAUUCUCUGGACCAACAGGACAACGUUCAGGUGACUUUGCAGAGGCUGAAGAGCGUGGCCCAGAAACUGGUGCAAGGACCCAGCCCUGAGGAGCUGAAUCUGGCUUUUGUCGACAGGUCGGGUGAUCAGGGUGGGAAUAAGAGCGCAGUGCAGGAGCUGAGAGAUCAGAACACACAGCUACAGCAGGAAAACACACAGCUGAGGCAGAGACUGCAGGAAGUUGAAGAACAAGGUGAAGUGGUCCAGCAGGCCAUCAGAGACCGAGAUGAAGCCAUAGCCAAGAAAAACCUGAUGGAGGUGGAGUUGGUGAGAAGUAAAAAUGAUAUGAUGUCUCUGAACAACCAGUUACUAGAAGCCAUUCAACGUAAACUGGAGCUGUCACAGGAGCUGGAGGCAUGGCAGGAUGACAUCCAGAUCAUCAUCAACCAGCAGCUCAUAACCCAGCAGCAGUCGGAGCAGCCUCAGAAGAAGCCCACCUCCAACGGCAUGUCCUUUUUCCGCAGACCCAGCAGGACAACGUCCCCUUGGUCCAACCACUCCUCCUCCACCUCACCGUCAAUUUGGCGGUCGGACUCCAACCAGGACAAAACACAGCCACUCUGGAAGGACUGGUUAAGACGAGGGAAAGGAGUACAGUAUGGAAAAUAAUGGACAAUGAGUUAUGAAAGGGUCAACAAGGACAGAGGAACAUAACCAAUCGAUGUCCACAAACUUUAAACUAGGUGCACAAAAGCCACAGAAACACUACAUUAAAUAUGGAACAACAGAGCCACACUGGACAACAACCUUUCAAACUUUCUACUGAGAGGCUGAGCCUUUGGAAAGACGACGAUAGCACUCUAAUUUUCACGAGCUCAGUCUGUAAAUACUGUGCCUUAUUUUGUACUGCUGUGAAUGUAUUUUCUUGUGAUACUACAUGAUGUAAAUAUAACUGUAGAUGUAGAAGAAGAUAGAGUUUGGAUUAUUACAAAGUGCUAUCUGGGAAUUAAGAUCAGUGUUCACUUCCAAGUCCUUAAACAACUAAAACUAUGAUCAAGAACAUUUAUUUUGUAUUAACAUCUUGUUGUUUUGAUGCUUCUAUGACCCUAAAAAAUGUUUUGUACCAGAUGACAUGUUAAAUUAUGUUUCUGUGUAAAGCAGACGCAUCUACUGUACAUGUAUAUGCUGUGAUUUCACUGGACAAGAAACUGUGCUUUGUCCCCUGACUGACUACCACAUAAUUUCAUAAAAGAGUAAAGAUUCUUUUGAGAAGAUA